GUAUGGUUUACGGCGGGUUGACGAUGAAAGUCUAGUGUUGCGAGGAAAAGGGCUAAGAUGGCUAAAAAUGGUGAAAGGAAGAAGCCCGAUAUCUCACUUUUCCACCGAAUCGUUGCUUCUUCGGUUGGUGGGAUAAUGACAGCUUUUGUUAUGACACCCCUAGACGUCUUGAAAGUGCGGAUGCAGUCCCACCGAGUGUAUUCGGAUAGCAAAUGUCUUACUUAUUGCAAUGGGCUAAUAGAAAGGCUUUGCACAUGCUCACUUAGUCCUAACACGUGCGCUGUCUCGUGGUCAAAAAAUGCUAUGAAAUGUUCUGGCAGAUGGAAUUGGUUUACCUCCAAUGAAUCUCACGCUUGUUCCACAUGUAUCCUGCAUUCUGAAAAUCCAUCCUUUGUCACUUUCUAUCGGCGUACCCCAAGCGCUACAGUUACACUGAUGAAAAUUAUUCGCAAUGAAGGUAUUUUAUCACUGUGGAGUGGACUUUCACCAACACUUGUAAUGACUCUUCCCCAGACUGUUAUCUACUUUACUGUUAAUGAUUGGUUAAAACAUCAAGUUGGAUAUACUUCGAAAACCAGGCAUAAUAAAUCAAUGCCAGAAAAUAUAACUGAACAGAAUUACGCCUCGGCUAAGCAUUUUAUCCCACCAUUAGUUGGUGGUGUAUCCCGAGUAUUUGCUGUAAUGGCUAUCUCACCAAUUGAAUUGUUACGAACAAAAAUGCAAGCGAAGAAAAUACCCUACCGAGAAAUAACAACAUUGCUUGUUACAACAGUGAAACAGGAACAAUUGAUAAAUGCCCAGUAUGCAAUAACUCUGGCUAGAAGAAUCGGUGCGACAGUUUAUGCAAUGCCUGAAGAUUUAGUUGAACUAAAGCAUAAAAUGAUAAUGACAAUAUUUGCCUGUCUGAUGGCUGUCGAUUUGAAACAGAAUCGUAAGACAUGCGAUUCAUGGAAAAAGAUAAAAAGACUUGAAAUUAUUGAAAAUAAAUCUCAUCACAGCUCGGUUGACUCGAGUGGAGAAACAUUAGAAACAAAAAGUUACCGAUAUGUUGGUGUGAAUCAGAAAGAAAACUCACAGAACGGAGAUCAUGGGGAUGACACUGAUUACGAAGAUCCUGGUGUAAUCGAAAAUGAUGAUGAUGAUACGAAAUAUUCAACCUCAAAGUCUACUCUUCUUAAAGAUAUCCCUCGACCACCGCCGGAGAAAAUCUACGUGAAAUCAUUUCGAGUCAAUUUAUCCAGUUGUCAAAAAUCACCUGUCACCUGUUUAGAUGAUCCUAAUCUACACCAAAAAUAUCUACCGAAAUCACCAUCAGGUGAUUGUAUAGAAGUUGAAAGUUUGGAUAGCCUGGUCACAGCGAACUUAGUUAAAGCUGGAAGUUUACGUAAACCCCCGUCGCCUAGACGCUGUCAUUCUCCAACUACUAAGCACCACUAUGUGAAUCAUUAUUACGAAAAGUCAUCAUCAGCGUCGAGGUCAUGGUCUCCAGUUGAUGGACGAAUAAAUUCUCCAAAUAAAACCUACACUAAACAUAUAACACAACUGUCUAAGUCAACACCUUCAGUAGAUCAUAUCGGCAUCAAUAAUGCGACACAAAGAAGCUUUUCACCAUCUCUUUCAACUGGUAAACAAAGUUGUUCACAUUCAGGAGCACAAAGUCCUCAUGAACGUAGACGACAUGCUACUGGAGAUCGUGAGUUAGCUAUGACGACAGAGAGGGAAUUUACAGAAGAGAAAAUUAUUCAUAGUACACUAUACACUUUAACGUAUCCUAAAGAACACACCAUAGAUUUGAAUGCAGUCAAAAGUACAAAUAACUCAAAUCAUCAUGAUAAUGAUGUGAUGAUGUUAGUAAUACGCUUAAAACAAAAACAACAACAUCUUAUACAACUACAACAAUAAGUAAUCAUCGGCCACAUGGUGGAGGUCGUUUAUUUUUAGCAACUGGUGCAAGAAAAGAUUGAAAGAUUUUGAACUCCCUUUUUUUCCUUCUUCAAUUGAACACAUUGAACAACAUUUUUGUUUUACUAAGCUAGUCUUCUUAUAUACUGAUCACCUUCAUAAUUUAAUUCAGCAUCCAUGAUUACGCAUUAAUAAAUACGUGAAUAAAUUAUUAGAAAAUGUGGUUUCUCAAGAAGAGGAAGAAGAAUAAAACGAUUGAGAAACGCCUGAUAAACAGCUUUACCAUUAUGUUUUAUUAUU